AUGGACUCAGACCUGGACUCCGAGGCUCUCAGCGACAGCGGGGAUGUCAUAUCAGAACUCAGUGCUGAAAAACUAGAUCCGGCUGACAGGGCACUGUUCGAGAAACUGAAGCAGCAGGAACUGGAGGAGAGGGAAGAGAUCGAGAGGGAGCUGAAAGAGCACGAAGAGGCUUUAGUUCUUCACAACAAUCAACUACAAAAUAAGGGGAAAGAUACACUGCUUGUCCAGGAGCGAGGGGGCAUUAGAUCGGAACGGGAACUUGAUCUCAGUCGGCCUAAUUCAAAUAAAUCUUCAUCCACUCCAAGCGGGAUGACCAUCAACGGGAACAUAGCUACAAAUGGUGGCGGUAAUAUGAUAAACAGUGUGUUUGUUUCCAAUAACAGUGACAAUAAAUUUGGAUUGUCCAACUACAACAGUGUUCCGAGUAGAAGCAUCAACACUUGUGGAACUGGUGCGGGUUAUAUCAAAAGCAUUGUUGAUUCUAACGGGGACAUAAGUAAACUGUUAUCUGAAGACUUUAGAGCCCAUUUACACAGCAGUGCCAACUUCCUGUCCUCAUUCCCUCUGGGUCAUCCCUUAGCCCACGCUCAUUUAGCUCUUGGAGGACGCCUACUGGGUAGAGACUUGAAAGGUUUAGACGGAAUGAACCCAUUUCAUCCGAUUAUGGCAAGUCACAGUGCGUUUCCCAGUCCACCUUCGCCGACUGACCGCUAUCCACCGUCAUCAACGCCUCAUUCACCCACAGACAGCCUUCAACCUUCACCUUCGCCAGAUGACCCCAAUGACGAAAACAGAUCGCACAACUGGACUUUUGAGGAACAAUUCAAACAGCUGUACGAGUUGAGUGACGACCCCAAAAGGAAGGAUUUUUUAGAUGAUCUUUUUGCUUUCAUGCAGAAAAGAGGUACUCCCGUCAACCGUAUUCCAAUCAUGGCCAAGCAAACGUUGGACUUGUACGAGCUGUUCAGACUGGUCGUCUCCAAGGGCGGCCUGGUCGAGGUCAUCAACAAGAAGCUGUGGCGAGAGAUCACCAAAGGAUUAAACCUGCCCUCUUCCAUUACCAGUGCAGCAUUUACACUGCGAACCCA